AUGAAUGAUGCACGAAAUAAGCAUACAGCAUCCGUAUUAAUCGAUGGAAAAGUAUUAGUUACUGGUGGAUUUGGUAUUAGUGGUCGUUUGAAUAGUGCUGAAUGUUACAAUCCGUUAACAGGAAAUUGGACCACAGUUGGAAGUAUGAAUACUGCACGACACAGCCACACAGCAUCCGUAUUAACUGAUGGAAAAGUCUUAGUUACUGGUGGAUUCAAUGGUGAUGCUCUAAGUAGUGCUGAAUUGUAUGAUCCAUCCAUAAAGACUUGGACAACUACUGGUGGUUUGAAUAAUGCACGACAGCUUCACACAGCAUCAAUCUUAGCAAAUGGGAAUGUGUUAGUUGCUGGUGGAGACAGUGGGAAUCCUCUGAAUACUGCUGAGUUGUAUGAUCCAUUAACGGAAACUUGGACAACUACUGGUAUUAUGAAUCAUGUACGAACUGCACAUACAGCAUCUAUCUUAAGAAAUAGAAAAGUGUUAGUUACUGGUGGAUAUGAUGUUAGUGGCGGUGGCUAUUUAAAUAGUGCUGAGUUGUAUGAUCCACUAACAGGAACUUGGACAACUACUGCUAGCAUGAAUAGUGCAAGAUUUUCUCAUACAGCAUCCGUAUUACAAAAUGGACAAGUGUUAGUUACUGGUGGAACUUAUAGUGAUGGUUCUUUAAAUAGUGCUGAGUUGUAUAAUCCAUUGACAGAAACUUGGACAACUACUGGUAGCAUGAGUUAUGCACGAUACAGGCACAAAGCAUCAGUAUUAAUCGAUGGAAAAGUUUUAGUUACGGGUGGAUGGGGGAAUGGUGGUUCUCCUAUUAGUGCUGAGUUAUAUGAUCCAUUAACAGGAGCUUGGACAACUACUAGUAACAUGAAUUAUCCGCGAGAUACGCACGAAAUAUCCUUAUUAACCGAUGGAAAAGUGUUAGUUACUGGUGGCUGGAGUGGUAGUGGCUACACAAACAGUGCUGAAUUAUACAAACUACGGUGA